GACCUGGUUACACUGUGUCAGGGAGAAAUGUUAGAGAAAGGUUUCUUCGUUUCCUGAGACUAGACAUCAUGACAACGAUUUCAAGUGGAAAGAAUGCUUCUAGGGAAGGCAGCCUGGAGAGAUUUACUCAUUUUAGAAAGGAUGAAUUUGAAAACGAUUGGGAAAAACUGGCUGAGCACAAGUUUGGUCGAGUCUACAAGGUGAAGCUCAAACUCUGGCGGGAAACAUGCGCCUUAAAGACCACGACCAGAGACUACAGGAACAUGAUAAACAUAUCCAGAAUUGGGAGACUGAAAUUUAAUUAUUUAAUUUCCAUUUAUGGAAUAAGCAUAGAUCCACCUGCUCUAGUUAUGGAAUAUAUGAGCAAAGGCUCUCUGGAUAACCUCAUAACCAGCCACGUGUUAAUGUGGCCCAAGAAGUUCCAAAUUAUUCACGAAGUCACCAUGGGGAUGAAUUUUCUGCACAGUAUGAAACCUCCCAUCCUUCAUUUAAAUCUAAAACCAGCCAACAUCCUUUUUGAUGAUCAUCUGCAUGUGAAGAUUUCAGAUUUUGGCCUUCUUAAAUGGGAAGAAUUUUCCAGUAAGAUGGAAUUCGCUGAGCUCCUGACAGCUCGGAGGAACACAAACUACAUUCCUCCAGAGACCUUUGCCCAGAAUCAAGAACCUCCUGGAACAAAGUUUGACGUGUACAGCUUUUCUAUAAUCAUGUGGGAAAUUCUGACACAACAGCGGUCAUAUCAAGGGUUGAAUAUGACAGAAAUAUUAUUAAGAGUGUCAUCUGGCAAAAGGCCUAGCGUAGAAAACAUCCCAGAAGACAAGCCAUCUGAGUGUGAGAAGAUGAUAGGUGUUAUGCAGCAAUGCUGGCAUCAAGACUCCACCCAGCGACUUGCUUUCUCUGACAUCAUUCAGGUGACUGAAGUCCUCAGUGAAAUCCUUAAAAUCUCUGACCCUUAUGAACGAGAAGAGAGGAGAAAAAGCCUUCCUUACAUCGGGCCGAGUGUUUCGAAGGAAUUUUUAGAAGGUUCCCAAAACGUCCACUCUCUCCUCAAGAAAAAAGACUUUGAGUCGUUUAAGAAAGUUCUGAGAAAAGAGCAUGUGUCGAUGCUCUUCAAAGACAACAACACGCUCUUGCACCAUGCUGUGGCCAGUGGGGACAGAGAAAGCACGCAGAAGGUCCUUGAUCUGGACGCUUCGGUGAACUCCCAGAGCGUUAAAGGCUACACGCCGCUCAUCGUUGCUGUUCUUCACAAGUUUUAUGACAUCUGCAGUUUGCUGAUUGACCGUGGGGCUGACGUCAAUCUCUGCGAGUGUGACCAGUGGACCCCGCUGCAUUUUGCCACCCAGGCUGGGAACGACAGAGCCACUCGCCUUUUAUUAGACAAUAGGGCAAGAGCCAAUGCCAAGGAGAAGGACGGCUGGACGCCUUUGCACUUAGCUUCUCAGAACGGCCACGAGAACAUCGUGAGGAUCUUAUUUCUCCAUCUAAAUGGUGUGGAUGAGCAAGAGGGCCAGUCUGGACGGACGGCCCUUCACCUGGCUUGUUUGUACGGCUAUGUAAAAAUCGCCCAACUUCUGCUCACCAAGGGGGCUGAUGUAAACAAAACGGAUAACCAGCAGUCCACUUCCCUGCAUUUGGCAGCAGACGAGGGUCACGUCAGGGUUGUGCGUUUGCUGGUAAACAGUGGGGCCGACGUGAAAGCAGUAGACGAGCGAAGCUACAUUCCUCUUCAUUAUGCCGCUCUGAAAGGUUACACGGUAAUCUGCAAGCUCCUGUUGAGCAAAGGAGCCGACCCUGACGCCAGAACCCAUCAGAACUGGACGGCAAUGCACCUGGCAGCCCUGAAGGGCCGCCACGAGACCAUUCUUGUGUUGGAGGAGCACUGCGGCUCGAUCAACGCCCAAGGAAAGGACGGCUGGACACCCUUGCAUCUGGCCUGCCACCACGAUCAGGAAGAAGUGGUCGCUGUGCUGCUGUCAGCCGGCGCCGACCCUAACCUGGCUGAGGAUAACAGCUGGACACCUCUUCACUUAGCUUGUAACACUAGCAGCUUCCCUAGUGUGUUACAGCUGAUAUCCCAUCAAGCCAAUGUGAACGCUCAGAAUAACAACCAGUCGACACCACUGCAUUUAGCCGUCCAGCACAACAACAUCCCCAUUAUGAAGGCACUGCUAAUGAAUAACGCACAGCGGGGAAUGCUGGACUCGAAAAGAUGCACCGCCAUAACCUUGGCCCAGCGGUGCAACAACACAGAAGCGGUGCUGUUACUGGACAGCUAGCGCAUUGGUUGAGACACACGGAGCGAGAGCAGUGUUUUGUGACAGACAACUCCACCAUUACAGGGUGUGCGGCAUUGAUUUCUGCUAUUGAUUUCCUCCCUCCGCAAAGCCUGUUCUUAUAAACACAGUCGCUGUUCUUGAUUUAAAUUCCAAGAAUUUAACGCUUUUGUCUGGGGUUAGAACAGACCUCAGGUGUGUUCUCAGAAUGUAAGUUAUGAAUGAAAUUAAUUUUUCCGUUUUCCUAUAAUGGGUAUAUAGUAAACUAUUUCAAGAGCAAACAGAUAUCUAUCACAAAAUGUAUGUGUUUGAUGCCUAAUUUUGCGUUUUAAUGCAUUAUUAAAUGUCAGCAUUCUAUCAUUGUCAGUUCAAACUAUUCAUACGUGUAAAGUAAUAAUGUCACAGUGAAAAAAUGAUAAGCAUUCGUGGAAUUUACAUGGCAUUCACAACAAAAAGAAAACAAGUUUGACAUGUUUUUCACUUCCCGACAGGCUUCCGUUUCUGAUUAAAAGCUCUGUCGUGAAUCCAAAGUACAAAAGAUUUACCAAAAGGAAAGAAAAACAACUUUGUGAAUCCAGUCAUUGUACUUAGAAUACAAAAGCAUGCAACUGUAUCAGACAUCACAUGCACUGCAAAGAAUUAAUUUCUUCCUUAGUAUUUUUGUUUUGUUUUCCAGUACAAAUAUUUAAAAAAUGAUUAAAUCAAAAUGCAUUUACUUGAGAAGUAAAAUGACCAGAUGUUAAACUUAAAGCUUAUUUUUCUUACACAAUUAGCAGACAUUUUCUCUAUCAUAAAUUUAACCUUAAUUUACUUUAAAAAAAAUUCUGAAAACAAUACUUAAUUUUAAUUCUCAAGUAAAUGUGUCUUGUACGGAGCCCUUUUAGGGACAUGGGGUGGAAAAAGUAUGAAAGGGAAGAGAAAAAUAUUUUUUAAAGCUUUUGCGUUAUCUCGCAAAAGUUUUGCUUUCCCCCGAGAAACAUUGCUUUCCCUCGCAAAACGUUUGCGUUCUCUCGCAAACAUAUUUGCGUUAUCUCGCAAAACUUUUCCGUUCUGUCGCAAAAAUAUUUGCAUUAUCUCGCAAAACAUUCAAAAGUCCUGUUGUCCCUCUCCGUACAUUAACAAUGGAGCGGUUCAGAGUAGAUUCCCGGACCAAUAACUCGUGAGCUAAACGUAGUUAUAACACAAAUAACACAUAAUUCCUUAGACAAUGAUCUACAACCUAGUCUUCCUCAAAACGAGAAUAUAAAUUGAUCUCUAUAUGAGCAGGCGACAUGGACAAGUCCAAAGAAACCGUCUGCAAAGUGACUGUAAACCCGAAAAGCGUUACUACAAAAAUAGUCAUUAAUAACUUAAAUGUUACACACUGUGGUCUCACCAAAUUCAGUUUACAUAUUAAUGCUCUCCUGCUGAAUUUAAACUGGUUUUAGUUAUACUACAGUAUGUAACACUGAAGUUAAUGACUAUUUUUCGUAGCCUAAUGAUAACGCAUUAGAGAUAACACAAACAUGUUUGCGAGAGAACGCAAAAGUUUUGCGAGGGAACGCAAAACCUUUAAAAAACAUUUUCUCACAUUUUUUCCACCCCAUGUGCCCAAAGGGGCUCCGUAGUCUUGAUUUAAGAAGUUUAAAAUAGUUGUACUGGAAGACAAUUCAAAAAUACUAAGAAAUUCUUUAUUUUUUGUGGUGUAAAUCCAGCCAAUCAAGGAAAAACACUGUUAUAUAAAGUCGAAUGGAUGGUAUAUAGACCACUUCGGAAGACGUAAACAGCGCUGGUCCAGAAGAACUGCCUGUUUCAGUUUUUUAACACUGUAGCAACGAUUGAACACAAUACAACCAAGAAAACAUUUAUAACAGAAUUAAAAUGUUAAACAAAUAUUUUUAGAAUGAAUUCUAUAUGUAGAUAAAAAAAAACAGUGGUCUAUAGUAUAGCAUAUAGUAUUUUAUUGCUGUGCUGUUGCUAACCUGCACAUCAUUACAAAACUGAAUAUGAGGUCAAUCUAUUGUACUCAAGACUGAAAUUAAGCUUUGUAUUUGUCUCUCAGGUACAUUAAACAUGACAUGUCAUCAAAAAAGCUUGAAUUAUAAUACUCUUGAACGUCAUUUCAAUAUAAUCAUAUACUUAUUGGGAUUCAGAGACAACCAGUAAUUAGGAUUUUAAGCUAUAAUGGGAAUAUCAUAAUUACUUUUUUGAAGGUUCUGCCAUGAAAAAGUAUUCUCAUGAUAAUAAAACGUCAAUGUUGUGAGAAGAAACAAGUCCUCUAUUAUCAGGCCUGCAGCCCUGUCCACUGCAAUACACAAGACACUUUUAAUAUCUCAUUAAGGUCUGCAAAAUAGCAAAAGCUUUGAUUUGAACAUUCACAGCAUGACUUCUCCCUUGAUGCAAUAUUCAUUAAUAUUCUGUAAUGUGAAAUUAAAUUGGGUUUGUAGUGCAGAGGACUUGAAAUGUAAAGUUAUACAGAGUCUGACAGUGAUCGCACAUGACCUCUGCUUUUGUGUAUGUGUACAUACAAAGUAAACCGAAGCUGUUGAAACACAAAGGAAGCUUUCUGCUGUGUAAUGUAGGCUACACUUGUCAGAUUUCAUUUAUCAACUUUAUUUUACUAAAUAAAUGUUAGUUUUCGUAAGAAUUUGUAAGAGGACCGACAAAUUAUUCAGUUACAUUUUUUCAUUUAUGUGGCCUCAAAAGCUUUCAUAAAACCUUAGUCCAAUAUAUUUCCUGGGGAGUACUGUUAAUGCUCGUAUAUGCGGAUUAGGUUUAAAUCUCCAUAGAAAAUGUGUUAAAAAAGAUUUAUACACAAGACCGCACACCUCAAGAAAUGUGGUGAAAAACACAGUUCCUUUACUGAGAGACUAUUUCUGGUGAAGUAUGACCAAUGAUUGAGUUCCUUCAGGCAACCACACAGAGACUGUAGCUCUACAAAUUUGUGCUUGAUACAUACUGUAUAACAUGCAUCGUCUGAACACUACCAGAGAUUCUGAGACCAGUGGUCUCCAUCGUCAACACAUUGUCUGCUGACACAACAAACUCAAACUUUUGAAAAAGAUUGGUUUACUUUAUAAAUACCAAUACAAUAAUGUCUCUAAGCGUGUUAAAUUACCUAGUGUAUGCUGAAAAUUCACAAGAGUCUGUAUAACAUCCAUAAAGGCUUCUCUGAGAAAUGAAGAUCAAAUUUUCUUUACAAAACGUCUGAAAUGUGUGAAUUGCAAAAAAUGUCACCUUCCAUACGUUCACCCCAUGAACUCUCCUCUUGUUCCUGAUGGUUACUAGACUAACUGAACUGAAUGUGUCAAAUUAAUUAUUAUUAAUU